AUGACGAAAAUCCCCGCGCAAACAAGCAGCUCGACUGACCUCGGUCGGCUAUGGGAGAAAGCAUUGGAAGAGUAUCGGAAGGAAUGUGGAGAAAACCUCAAGGGCAUGAAAGCGAGCAAUAUCAAUGAAGUGAUGAACAAGGUCAACGACGGCAUGGAGAAUUUCGGUACCUCUAGACACAGCGGCGGUAAGGGAGACAGGUUUCGACAAGCCAUGGGUGAUCAUCUCGGUAGUAUGCAGAAAUGCAUUAAUGGUAUGGCUGAGAUUGGAGCUGCUGCUGGUGCGUUUCCACCCGCAAUGCCAGUGGGUCUUAUAUUCACGGCUGCAAGUGGCUUAAUAUCGGCGUUUUCAGCUGUUAGGGCAGAGUAUGAUCGCAUCGAAGAGUUUUUUGGGUACUCUUCGCGAUUCUUUGAACGACUAGCGAUCUGUGAAAGCCGGGCAGACUCCGAUGCGGUCGCCAUCGCUAUUGUUCGAGUUUUUUCACAGCAACUGACCGUAUGUGGAAGAGUGAGAUACCUGAUCCAAGGCAAAGGCAAGCGUAUAAAACAGUUUUUCAAGGCUUUGUGGGAGGCAGAAGACGAGACGCUGACAACCGCGUAUGCUGCAAUGCAUGCUUCAAUUGAAGAGCUCGACCAGGCCAUAGGGUUUGAAAGCUACAGUGCCAUCAGAGAUGUCAAGGAUGACAUGGCCAUCAACAGAUCCAAAAUGGACGUCCUGGAUGUCAAACUGAGUUCAUUUCGUAAAGACCUUGGGCAAGACAUUCAGCAGGUAUAUGCGGAAAGUCUGAAGCUAGAAGUCGUGAUCAAAGACGGGUUCUACACUGUGAACACUAGACUGGACGAGAGCAUUGCGUUGAACCACAAGAUUGCUAAGAACCACGAGAAGUUGGUUGAAAGUCAGAACGCGAUGGCCAAAAUGCUCUCAGAGCUUUCCAGGCAAAGACAUGGCCAAGGGAAACCACAGAUGCAGGAUCCAGAUCCAAACAGCGAUGCCAGUGGUGGCAAUUUUCAAGCCUUGAGAGAGAUCAAGAAAUUCUUCACUCGAAAUCAAACCACCUUCCCUCUUUGGAUGGACGCCCAUCGAGAGAACUUGGCCAUACAUGAAGACCUGUGCGGCUCGCGGGUUCAGAAUACUGCCCAAUGGGUUUACGAACAUCAGAGCUUCAAGAAUUGGGUGGAUGGUAAGGAUCCCAUACUUUGGCUGAAAGGCACCGAGGGCGUUGGCAAGUCAUUCCUCGCACAAUCCAUCGUCGAAAAUCUGAGCGAACGUCAGGAUGAGCACAUCUGCGUGGCUUACUUCUAUUUCAAAGAGGAGUACCCUUACAUGCAGUCAAGGCAGAACGCAUUCGCCUCGGCUACACUUCAAAUUGCGGAUACCCAUACCAAAUAUGCCGAACAGGUAGCAGCUGACCUCCAGGAGAGCGCUGAAGACCUGAACGAAAUCUCCACUUGGAAGCGAUUCUUUCUGUCAAGAUUCCCAGGCGGUGAAGAGGCUACGGACCGUCUAUUCCUUGUCUUCGACGGUUUAGACGAAGCUUACUUGCAGCCUGUAGGGGCUCUGUCAUGGUUUUUGAGGGAUCUGAAGCGUAAGAAUGCCAACAUCUCAGUUCUGGCAACUAGCAGACCAGAAGAAACAGCCGUACUCGGCUUGCUCAACCCUUCCGUCAUCGACAUCAGAAAGGAGAACAUCCGAUUUGAUAUCCGGGAACUUGUGAAACGCCGCCUGCAGACCCUUCCACGCGUGCGCAAGUUCAGCCCAGCUAUCAAAAAGACUAUCAUUCGCAAGGUAGUGCAGCAAGCUGACAGCAUGCUUUACGUCGAGCACAUGGUCAGAAGGUUCGCGUCAAUUGGCCGCGGUCAAGCGGUCUUAGAAGAGUUGGAAAAGAUGCCACGUAGUCUACAUGAUCUCUACAGGCUUCUCCUGGCGGAAUGUCGCCGUGGUCGCUCGGAUGCGCAAUACCAAGCCAUGAAGAGGCUGUUUGCGUGGCUGGCAUUCUCGAAGCGCUCACUCAGUCUAGCUGAGGCGUCAAGUUUGGUCCAGCUGACAUUAUCCGACGACACAUUUGACGUCGAAGAGGAGGUAGUUGGACGUUCAUCCCGAAUACUCGAACUCAACCAGCCCCGACAGACCUAUGGGGACACCGUAGAUGGCGACGAAGAGGAUGCUGAUAUCGACAGCGUGGAGGACGACAUCAUUCCUGAGCUUCAAUAUCGGAAGCUGCCUCUCGCUUUCCAAGAUCGGUCUCUACGGCAAUUUUUCACGAGUGCGGGUGUCGAAGCUGAUAGCGAGACCGAGUUUCGAACACCUGCUACCGCCGCGCAUCUCACUAUCCUCCAGAUGUGCAUGGAAAUCAUGAUCAAGGCAGCUGAGAGCUCGGGGAAUCAGCAAAGCUCUGAGCUUGCAAUGUACGCGAUACAGAAUUGGUACGAACAUCUGGAGGAGCUGGAUGUGAAAAGCAUGACAGAUGACGCCAUCCGGCAGGUAGUCACGUCAUUGUACAGCAUCACGCAGAACCAAAACAACUUGGCCAAGUUGUUCGAGAGAUUGGCAAGGCCUACAGAUAUCUAUCCGGAGCGGGCCGAUGGCAUCGCUAUUCCCUGGAUUGACAUACUUCUCCCCUGGCUUGCCAAGGCCAAGCCACGUGUAGCGGAGUCUUUGCAAAUUGAAGUUAGAGACUGGAUACGCGAAGUCAAGUGCACCAAUGUUCUGCUGCCCUUGGCCAGGGGGCAUGUUCAGAACUGGUUAAAUGCGACCGAUCAAGUGUGGAUCCUUGAGAAGUUUCGGUUUGCCAAAGCGGCUCUUCUUCUUAUGGAUGACUUUGAACCUAACGACGCCGAGCCACUCCUGGAUAUCAGAGCCAUCGAGGAGAAAAGAGAUGUCCCCAUUGCUUGCUACAAAGCAUUCAGGGCUUUCGGAACGACACUGUCCGACUACGCCUACCGAGAGCCAAACAAAGUGCGCCAAAGGAGAUGGAUGGAGACGAGUAUCGUGUACCUGGAGCAGAGUGUCACUCUCAUGAAAGAAGACAAUCUGGAAAAGGUGGCAGCACUUCGCAUAUUGGCAUCAAUGUAUAGUUUGAAUGAUCAGAUUGCUGACGCAAUCAAGUCGUACGAUCAGGCGUACGCAAUGUUGCCCCCGCACGUAAAGGGACUAUCUCGAGAGGGUCACGCAGAUGUCGACGACGUGAGAUUGGACAUCUCCAUCGCCAAGGCGGGCGCGUACGCGAAGAAAAGCGAUACGGAAAAUGCGGUGCGCAUGUUCAAUCAAGCCAGAGGUAUAUUGGGCGAACAGUCUGUGGUGGGCUCCGUUCUAGACGACAUCACUCUCUUGUUCACCGAAGACAAUGACAAAGAUGGAUCCAAGUUGAUGAACGUACUUGCGGGUUGGACAGAGAGAGAACGAAACAGUUGGUUCUUCUAUUGUUUUGAGACAAGCAUGGGCCGGGGCGCACUGAUGCGUAUGUUGAGAGCCGCAAAACUGGCCAACAAAACCGAUGCACUCCUCUCCUGGCUGUCAACCUUGGCCAACAAGAUUCCGGCCAACAGCUAUUACCUGUUCAACGUCAAAGCCGCGAUUGCAAUCAUGUAUCACCCGGUGCUAGGCGAUAUCGAGAAAGGCAGAAGCGUGCGCUUUGAGAUGUUGGAGAUGGAACCGAAGCAUGACUCGUGGUACAAAGACAGCAUGAAGGCAGCGCAAUCGGCAAUCCGCUCGAAGCUUGCAGACAUCUCUUUCCACGAGUUCCAGUUGUCUAUCGACCCUAAGAAGAAGGAACAGUUGAUCGAGGACCUGAAGCUUUCUCGGAACGCAGACGACGAAAAUAGCAAGCAAGACGACAAAGACAACACUUCGGGCACGCACAUCACUAUGCUUCGCACGAAUAUGCUUCGCAUCAUGGGUCCCGCGAUCAAGUACCAAAAGUACAUGAAUGAGCUGUUCAACGAGUGCAUGCGCGGCCUUGAGGAUGACUCUGCCUGGAACGACUCACGCAACCUACGACUGCUAGCCAAGGUCCUCGCCUCACUGGACGGACUGGAGAGAGAUGCGAUGAUCGCAAGCUCUGCGCAGUUUUCCGUCCUGGACCGUACCCUUUAUGGGGAGGGCGCUAAUUUCGAUAUCGCGGAGUCAGCUUCGGACUCGGAGAAUAUUGACUCAGACGCUAAUGACGAGGCGACAACGAACAACGAGAUUGUCGAAGCAAGCAUCGAGCCUAUACAGCUUGUCACGAACAGGUCGAUUUCGACGUUGGUGCAAACGACGGAGUCUAUUGUACCUACAUCACAGGCUCUCAUCGAUACGACGCAAUCCCUCGUACCCACGACACGUACUCUCAUCAAUACGGCGCCAGCUACUACGAACGACGACUCAGUCCAAGUCGUGAACUGUGUACCCUCCCUAGAUGACAAGGCUCCCACCAUCGCAACCAUCACCAAAGCCGACGAAGAUCUCAACGGCGUCAAGAUCGGCUGCGACGGCGGCUGCGGCACAUUCAUCGACUCCUGGAGUCAACCAUUCUUUUUCUGUUUGGUCUGUCCCAACUGUGAUCUCUGUCAAGAGUGCCAUAAGAAACGCUUGAAGCAAACGGCAGGCGAGAUCCCAGAGCCGUGGCUUAGCUUCUGCGGCCCGAAUCACCGCUACAUCAAAGCUCCGAUUAAGAGCUGGCAGGGCAUCAAGAACGGGGUUAUUCGGAUUGAUGGGGAGAAAGAUCGCACGGUGAAGGAGUGGCUGGAUGGGCUGAAGAAGGAGCGGUGGCAGAAGGCCUGGGAUGCGUUUUGGACUACACAGGGUGGGUUGAAGAAUAUUGGGGAUGAAGACUAA